AAAGUUAUAUUUGUAUAAUUUGUUAUUUUCUUUUGCUUUUUCAGGAAACCUUUGCAUAUUGUAUCCCACAAUCCUCUGUUUUCUUCCAGGUUCUCAAGAGUGUGCAACCACAGCCAAGGCUGACAUCAUGCUGUUGGUGGACGGCUCCGGGAGCAUCAGAAACAUAGACUUUCAAACCAUCAAGACCUUUUUCGCUGGAAUGGUCAGCAAUUUCAACAUUGGCCCAGACAGUGUCCAGAUUGGUCUGGUUCAGUACAGUAGUAACCCAAUCACCGAGUGGCACCUGAACACCCACCAGACCAAAUAUUCCCUGCUGAAGGCCAUCGCCAAUCUGGUACAGCUACGAGGAUCCACCUUCACAGGACGUGCUCUGAACUACACCCUUCAAAACAACUUUAAACCCAAUGUGGGAAUGCGAGCAGAUUCCAAAAAGAUUGCCGUCUUGAUCACUGAUGGAGAGUCCCGGGACGACGCAAUCCUCCCCUCACAGAAACUGAAGGACGCCGGCAUUGAGAUCUACGCUAUUGGCGAUUGAUUUUCAGUUUAAAUAGCGAGAAAGUCAGGGGAUAAGCUCUGAAAUUACAAAACUUUACCACAAAUAAAAAAAUUGACAUCAAUAUGAAUUGAAAAUGUUAUUUCAGGUUUGUCACAAUGAAAACAUUUGCAGCUCGUCCCUUAAGAUAUAAAAAUCACUACAUUUGUCAAUUAUAUCAGUUAAUGUUUUUAAAAGAAGUCAGCAUGUUUCGAGUCUUUGCAAGUUGAUUUCGAUAGUGAACUAAAUUGAACUAAAACCAACGGCUGUCCAAAAGGCAA